AUGUUCCGCCGUCCGCUCACGGUGGCGCCCCGCGCCGGUGUGCGCCUCGCCUCGACCUCGUCAUCGUCGUCCUCCGCCUCGGCCCAGCGUCGCGCCUUGCCCAACCGCUCGGUGCUCGUCGCCGUCGCCCUCGCUGGUGGUGCGGCCGCCGCUUACUCCUUGUCGAAGCCCUCGCUCUACGCAGACGCACCCGACACUGUGCCCGGAGACACCCGCCCGCACCCGCUCUGGUCGCCCCCUUCGCGCGCACAGAUGCUCGAAGCGCUCCGCCAGUCGUCCGCAAAGAGCCUCCGACCCAACGCUUCGCGCGGCAACAACGACAAUGCCAGCCUUCUGCCGCUCGCCAAGGACUCUCGCUCUAGCAGCCCCAGCCCCGCUGCAUCCGAGCAGUCCGGUGGUGCGGCUGCCUCGCGCAGCGGCGACGAGGACGACGAGGGUUUCGACAUCCUCGUCGUCGGAGGUGGUGCUACGGGAACCGGCGUAGCCGUCGACGCCGCCACCCGUGGCCUCAGCGUGGCCAUGGUCGAGCGCGACGACUUUGGCGCCGGCACCUCGUCCAAGUCCACCAAGCUCGUCCACGGCGGUGUGCGAUACCUCCAGAAGGCCGUAUUCGAGCUCGACUACGAGCAAUACAAGAUGGUCCGCGAGGCGCUCCACGAGCGCAAGACCUUCCUCAAGAUCGCUCCUUACCUCUCGGACCACCUGCCCAUCAUGCUGCCCGUCUACAAGUGGUGGCAGAUCCCCUACUUCUGGGCAGGCACCAAGAUGUACGACAUCCUCGCCGGCUCCGAGAACAUGGAGAGCUCCUACGUGCUCGGCAAGGGCAAGGCGCUCGAGGCGUUCCCCAUGCUCAAGUCGUCCGGCCUCGCCGGUGCCGUCGUCUACUACGACGGUCAGCACAACGACACGCGCAUGAACGUCGCCCUCGCCAUGACUGCUGUCCACCACGGCGCCGUGGUGGCCAACCACACCGAGGUGGUGGCGAUCCACAAGAAGCCCGUGGAGGGCAAGGCGGAUCAGAUCUGCGGCGCGCGUGUGCGUGACGUGCUGACGGGCGACGAGUGGGACGUCAAGUGCAAGUGCCUCAUCAACGCCACCGGUCCCUUCUCGGACACACUUCGCAAGCUCGACGCGCCCACCGCCCAGGAGAUCGUCGCUGCUUCGUCCGGUGUGCACAUCACGCUGCCCGGCUACUUUUCGCCGCGCGACAUGGGCCUCAUCGACCCUCAGACUUCGGACGGCCGUGUGAUCUUCUUCCUUCCGUGGCAGGGCAACACGAUCGCCGGUACCACGGACACGGCGGCGCCCGUCGAGGCUCACCCGCGACCCAAGGAGGAGGAGAUCCAGUGGAUCCUCGACGAGGUGCGCAACUACCUCAGCCCAGACAUCAAGGUGCGACGUGGCGACGUGCUGUCGGCGUGGUCGGGACUGCGACCGCUGGUCAAGGACCCGGCGGCGACCGACACGCAGUCGCUGGUGCGCAACCACAUGAUCAACGUGUCGGAAUCGGGACUGCUCACCAUCGCCGGUGGCAAGUGGACGACGUACCGCGAGAUGGCGGAGCAGACGGUGGACCGCGCCAUCGAAGAGUUCAAGCUCAAGCCGCAGCGCGGAUGCGUGACCAAGAACACGCGUCUGCUCGGCAGCCACGGCUGGACCAAGACGAUGUACGUCAAGCUGCUGCAGCGUUUCGGCCUCGAGACGGACGUGGCGCGCCACCUGUCCAACACGUACGGCGACCGCGCGUGGAGCGUGUGCUCGAUCGCCGAGCCGACGGGCCAGAGGUGGCCGGUGCACGGCAAGCGCAUCGACCAACUGUAUCCUUACAUUGAGGCCGAGAUCCGCUACGCCUGCCGCAGCGAGUACGCGGCGACGGCGCAGGACUUUAUCGCGCGCCGCACGCGUCUGUCGUUCCUCAACGCCGAGGCGACGGUGGAUGCGCUGCCGCGAGUGAUCGACGUGAUGGGCGAGGAGCUCGGAUGGGACGAGAAGCGCAAGAAGCAGGAGUGGGCGGAGAGCGUGGACUUUAUGGCGAGCAUGGGCCUGCAGCCUGCGCGCGUGGAUCAGCUCAAGGCGACGUCGCUGGACCAGAUGCGCCAGCUGCGCGAGAAGCAGCAGCAGGCGCUCAAGGUGUCGUCGCUGGGCGCGGCGUCGCUGGACGAGAAGGACGCGCUGGCGAUCUCUGCACGUGCGUCGUUCAGCUCCGAGGAGAUGGAGGAGCUGCGCGCCAAGUUUAAGCUGCUCGACGUCAACAAGGACGGCAAGCUGGACUCGAAGGACCUCAAGGAGGUGCUGCAGCAGAUUGGCUAUGCCGACGUGGACGACUCGACGCUGCGCGGCAUUGUGAGCGAGGUCGACUUUACCAAGACGGGCGCGCUGCACUUUGAGGACUUCCUCGACGUGUUUGCGGCGCUCAAGGACGCACGCCUGGAGAACGCCUUUACGCACAUUCUCAACGAGAUGGACUCGCGCGGUCUGCAGCCGCCGUCGCACGACCCCGUUGGACCGGCGGCCAAGGAAAAGUCGGAACGCCGCGAUGCCAGCCGCACCAUCCCCGUCGAGAAGAGCGGCGGUGGCUGCGGCGUUGGAACGGGAGAGCUCAGAUCAGCAGCCAAAAAGGCAGGCAGCCCAUCGCACCGCAUCCGACCCGCUCUCUCCACUUUGCCCAAUCCUCGAAAUACUCCUUCAGCCUCGUCGCUAUCUCUUGCCUCUCUGCUGCUCGUGCAUUCGUCUCACUCGGCCACCACACCCUUAGCGCUCCCCCUUUCCGACUUCUGCCCGCGCAGGUGCGUUCUAGCUUCGCCCGCCAUGUCGGAUCCUCGCAUGAGCGACAAGGAGCUGUUUGACAUCAACGCCCAGGCGGCCGUCAAGAACUACAGCGUCGACCCGCGCCUCGACUACCGCACCGUCUCGGCCAUCAACGGUCCGCUCGUCGUGCUCGAGAAUGUCAAGUUCCCGUCGUACAACGAGAUCGUGUCGCUCACGCUGCCGGACGGCUCGCGUCGCGGCGGUCAGGUGCUCGAGGUGUCCGGCAACAAGGCGAUCGUUCAGGUCUUCGAGGGCACCUCGGGCAUCGACGUGCGCGACACCCACAUCGAGUUCACCGGCUCCUCCAUGAAGCUGCCCGUGUCCGAGGACAUGCAGGGCCGCAUCUUCAACGGCUCCGGUGCACCCAUCGACAAGGGCCCGCGUGUGUUUGCCGAGGACUACCUCGACAUCAACGGCUCGCCCAUCAACCCCUACUCGCGCGUCUACCCCGAAGAGAUGAUCCAGACCGGCAUCUCCACCAUCGACACCAUGAACUCGAUCGCGCGUGGCCAAAAGAUCCCCAUCUUCUCCGCCGCCGGUCUGCCGCACAACGAGAUCGCCGCGCAGAUCUGCCGUCAGGCCGGCCUCGUCAAGCGUCCCGGCGCAGGCAAGGGCGUGCACGACGACCACGAGGACAACUUCUCCAUCGUCUUUGGCGCCAUGGGUGUCAACAUGGAGACCGCACGCUUCUUCAAGCAGGAUUUCGAGGAGAACGGCUCGCUCGACCGCGUCACGCUCUUCCUCAACCUCGCCAACGACCCCACCAUCGAGCGCAUCAUCACGCCGCGUCUCGCGCUCACCACCGCCGAGUACUACGCCUACCAGCUCGAGAAGCACGUGCUCGUCGUGCUCACCGACAUGACCUCGUACGCCGAUGCGCUGCGUGAGGUGUCGGCGGCACGUGAAGAGGUGCCCGGUCGACGUGGAUACCCCGGUUACAUGUACACGGAUCUGUCGACGAUCUACGAGCGUGCCGGUCGUGUGCAGGGUCGCAACGGCUCCAUCACGCAGAUUCCCAUCCUGACCAUGCCCAACGAGGACAUGACGCACCCGAUCCCCGAUUUGACCGGCUACAUUACCGAGGGCCAGAUCUAUGUCGACCGACAGCUGCACAACCGUCAGAUCUACCCGCCCAUCAAUGUGCUGCCGUCGCUGUCGCGUCUGAUGAAGUCGGCGAUUGGCGCCAAGCACACGCGUGCCGACCACUCGGACGUGUCCAACCAGAUGUACGCCGCCUACGCCACCGGUCGCGAUGCGGCUGCGAUGAAGGCCGUUGUCGGUGAGGAGGCGCUCGGCCCCGAGGACAAGCUGGCGAUCGAGUUUAUGGAAAAGUUCGAGAACAAGUUCAUCAAGCAGGGCGCGUACGAGAACCGACACAUCUUUGACUCGCUCGACAUCGGCUGGGAUCUGCUCAGGAUCUUCCCCAAGGAACAGCUCAACCGCGUCAGCCCCAAGAUCAUCAAGGAGUACUACUCGAGGCGCGCCAAGAAGGAGCAGCGCGAUGAUGGCGAGGACAACAAGGACAACAAGGACGGCAACAAGGACACGCGCGACAACGCAAAGGACAACGCAAAGCUCGUAGAUGACGAGUGA